AUGGCUACCCCCAGUGUCCUUACCUUUGAUGCUGAGGGUCGUGCUGUUGACUUUGAGGUCUGGGUCGAUGACCUCCAGCUUUUCCUACAGUGCGAUAGAAUGGACGAACUCUCCCUGUUCGAUCUCACCUCUGGUGCCUCUCCUGCCCCGCCUACUGAUGCUGACAGCACUGUUCGCUCACAGUGGGCCACACGCGAUGCUGCUGCCCGUCUUGCUUUGCGUCGCCACUUACCGACCACUGAGCGUGCGCACUUUAGUCAUUACAAGAGUGCUAAGACCUUGGACCACGUCCUCUCAGUUUGCCCCACCACACUCACCGUUGUCCUCCUCGAGGAGCGCCUCCUAGCAGCACAGAAGAGCAUAGUCGCUGUAGGAGCCUCUCGUGGUGACCCUCGCACCCCCGUCUUUGAGGGGUGUUUCCCCUCCCCCCUCUUGCCCUCUGUUGCUUCUUCUGCUGCGGCCGACCUCGUUGGCUUCGAGUCGGUCGGCUCUGCGUCUGCCCCUAGCGGGAGGUGCCGCACCGGCAAGGGCAAAGGGGGCAAGGGCGCAGGAGGGGCUGGCGGGGGCGGUGGAGGUGGUGGUGGAGGCAGUGGAGGGGGUGGGGGUGGUGGUGGGAUUGGUGGCGGGGGUGGAGGUGUCGGUGGUAGUAGUGGAGGCGGAGGAGGCGGCGGCGGUGGCAGAGGGAGCGGAGGCGGCGGUGGUGGCGGAGGCGGCGGAGGUGGCGGAGGCGGCGGCGGCAGCGGUGGAGCUGGUCGUGGCUCUGCGCAGAGGAGUGGUUCCGGUGGUGGUCCGCGCCAGCAGCAGCAGCGCAGUCGUGAGACUCCGUCCCCCCAGCAGCUUCGUGAGUGGUACGCUGGGCGUCAGCGAGGUGGGGGUACUGGUCCUUGCACCUACGUCCUCCGUACCGGCGACCGCGCUUGUGAGCAGUGCGGGGGCCCGCACUCCACCCAGCGCUGCUUCGGCCGCCUGACGGACGCGUGGCGUCACCAGUUCCCUGACGCCACUGAGAUCCCUCGCUGGGGAGAGCUGUCUAGGGCGGGGGUUGCUAUCUUUGAUCUUGAUUAUGAUGCUAUUCUUGCUGCCAUGUAUGCUGUGUCUACUAGUGAUGAGGGUGACUGUUACCUGUGUGUUCCGCCUGGACCGGGCAGGGCGGCAGCGUGCCGCCCCUCACUCCUCUGA